CAGGUUUUUUGGCCAUACGUCAAAGCGGAAAUCAUCGCUGUGGAUUUAUCUCGCUUCGGGGACGCGGACAGCUCACUUGACCCUUGAAGAGCGUCAAAAGGUAACCCCAGCAUCCCUUCCGGUGCCACCCCAUCUCCCAAUCACCCUUGCCACGUCUUUACCUGUGAAUAGAGGCCGGGAGACCAUCCGCCUUUCAUCGACCCGACAAUUUUAAACGUGUGUCCCAAUCUGCAUGCUGAAAAUCCUCCUCGGACAGUGGGGUAAAAACUCGAAUUCAAGCCCCAGGGGCAGGAGGAAAAGGACGUGGGCGACCGACUGAGGCCGGCAGGGGAGGGGGCAGAGCAGGCAGACCAACGGCCGAGCCUGAGGGAGGCAGCGAGGCGGCGAAGGAAGGAAAAAAUCGAGAGGAGGACGCGACAGGAGGAGAUGGUGUGUGGAUGAGUCCACCUGCGAGCGACCAGGCCAGAAACAUCGCAGGCGCCUGCGUGGGCCCCCGUUUCCAUCAGGAGGAGGCGAGCAUCAGAGGGAAGACAAUCCUAGGACGGGAUAUGGAACCGAGCCGGAGUACGAAGGAACCUAGAAGGGGUGAUAUCGAGGCA